GUUGUGAAAAAUGUCACUUGACGGAUUUGUUUAUCCUGAAAUAGUUUUUCGGUAAUCAUUGACUCGUCGGGUUCUUGCGCAGUCUGACCUCUGUGAUCUCUGCAGUUAAGACGACGCUGCCCACGAUAUGCUGUCACCGCAUCAUGUUUGGUGCAACUGAGGUGAAUGCAGAUUGUGCUACUCAGACGAACAGUGACCCAUUGCAAACAUGCUCCUGUGGUUGAUUCUCGCAGCCUUUGCGGUUUACCUUUCAUUCCGCUUCCCUUACCAUUACCAGGACGUCAAAUACAUCGUGACACUUCUGCGGAUACGGCGCAAAGUCUUCCGCUACAUCCAGAGCAACUACACCAUCCUGGAGCACUUUUUGGAGACGGCGAAAAGGCAGCCGCACAAGCCACUGCUCCUCUUCAAAGAUGAGACGUUCACGUACCAGGACGCCGACCGGCUCAGCAACCAGGCCGCCAGGGUGCUGCUGCAAAGCGGCCUGGUGAAGCAAGGCGACACGGUGACUUUGUUCGUAGCCAACGAGCCCAUGUUCGCGUGGCUCUGGUUGGCUCUGUUCAAGCUCGGAUGUUCGGCGGCUCUCCUCAACUCCAACAUCAGGUCCAAGUCUCUGCUGCACUGCUUCAAGUGCAGCGGCGCCCAAGUCCUGCUGGUGGCUCAAGACUUGCAGGGCGCUGUGGAGGAGGUGCUACCAGAGCUUCUGGAGCAGCAGGUGACGGUGUUCUUCAUGGGGCGCACACGCACCAGUGCGGGCAUGCACAGCUUCACAGAAAAGAUGAGCCACGCGUCAUCUGAACCUAUCGCCCCCGAUUUGAGAUCACAUAUGAACAUGGAAAGUCCUGCUGUCUAUGUGUAUACCUCAGGGACGACAGGUCUCCCUAAGGCAGCUGUGCUAACUCAUACCAAACUGUGGCACAUGACUAUGAUUCUCCGCUCGUGCGGAUUGACCUCCGACGACGUGCUAUAUAUCAGCCUCCCUCUCUAUCACACCUCGGGACUUGUUGGAUUCGCAGGAGCCAUUGAGCUCGGUAUCACAGUUGCCCUGAAGAAUAAGUUCUCUUCAUCUCAAUUCUGGGAUGACUGCAGGAAAUACAACGUGACUGUCGUCCAGUACAUUGGCGAAAUAAUGCGUUUCAUCUGUAACACGCCAAAGAAACCCAACGACCGAAGUCACAAAGUAAGACUCGCAAUCGGCAACGGCAUCCGAGCCAACGUUUGGAGAGAUUUCUUAAGCCGCUUUGGAAACAUUCGAAUCCUGGAGCUUUACGGCGCAACGGAGGGGAACUUUGUUUUGGUGAAUUACUGCGGCAAGAUCGGAGCUGUGGGACGAGACAACUUCUUGUACAGAUGGCGUAAUCCCUUCGCACUGAUCAAGUAUGAUGUGGACCAGGGGGAACCUCUGAGGGAUUCAUCAGGUCUCUGCAUCCAGGUUCCCAAAGGCAAGCCUGGCCUACUGGUGUCUGCGAUAUCUGCGAGGACGCCAUUCUUGGGCUACGCCAGAGAUCUGCAGCAGACCGAGAAGAAGAAGCUGCACGACGUCUUAAAGAAAGGAGACGUCUACUUCAACACCGGCGACUUGAUGCUCAUCGACAAAGACGGCUUCGUUUACUUUCAAGACCGCGUUGGCGACACUUUCAGGUGGAAGGGAGAGAAUGUGUCCACUAAUGAAGUGUCUGAUGUCAUCACUCAGGCUGAGUGCGUUUCUGAGGCCAGCGUGUACGGCGUGGAAGUGCCAGACAAUUAUGCCUGGAAGGCCUCCAAACAUCGGUCAAAAUGCGAUGAGAUUUCUGGAUGGAGAGAUGCACCGACUCCCAGUGAACGUGAAUGCUUCACCACUCGAAGCAAUGAGGGGAGAGUAGGCAUGGCGGCCAUAGCUCUCAAAGACGGACAUACGUUUGACUCCGUGGGCGUCUUCGAGCACCUUGAAAGCUUCCUGCCGAACUACGCCAGGCCGCGUUUUAUAAGGAUUCAGAGCUCUUUGGAUGUCACAGGAACAUUCAAGCUUGUGAAGGCCAAACUGGUUCAGGAGGGCUUCAACCCUUCCGCCAUCAUGGAUCCUCUCUAUUUUCUGGAUGACAAGGAGAAGAAAUAUGUGCCACUUACAAUGGAUAUAGUGCGUGCAGUUAUAUCAGGCAAUAUCAAAAUCUAACUCGUUUGUUGCAUACUUAUUACUUUUUUUUUUUUUUUUGUAGUGACUUUGUUUUGUAACAUUAUGACUCUCUUUGUGCUCUUAUACAAUAAUUAGUAACCAACAGUAAAUGUGAUAAACCAUUACUGUACGUUGCAAAUGUCAUGCCAGGUCAAAUAUUGAAAUAAUAAUAAUAAUAAAGGAAUUUUC